AUGGAAUCCCAGUCAACACAUCCUCGUUUACCCUUUAUCCCGAAGCCUGGAGAUCAGCGAGCUUCUCAUCCGAAAAACCAACUUGUCGCAUCCUCAGUUCAGCAAGCACCUGCCCAACCAGCCAUGGCGCCCACUCCAGCAGCUAAAAUUCACUUUCUAGCUAAAUCACUCACUGGGACCAAAUCAUUCCAGGAAACCUCUGAAAGCUUCACUCGUGGGCUCGCGAUGGUGGCAGAUAACACGGCGGACAUGUCAUUCAUUCUUUCAGGCAUCAUCAAGUGCUCCGAAGCUGGUUCAAAAAUCUAUGAACAAGCUAAGAGAGAAGAGGCAAGAGUGCGCAGUGGCUGCUGGAAUAACUAUUUCAUGCAGGUUGCCGCUGAGGCUCAGUGGUUGACAAACACGUGGGGUGGUCUGUCCUGGCUCCCCGCUGAUGUUCGGGCUGCGCUGCAGCAAUCUUAUGGUACUCCAGUGCCUUCAUCCUACGUCCCGAGGCUUGUGACAAUUACACGGGCGGCGCAGGUCAAGGGAAUUGACCUUCACUCUCUGUGGGCUGACGGCGGUCUCCUCAGAAAGGCAUUAGGGAAUGGCGGCCAACAAUGUCUCUAUUUUUCACUGGCACAGAUAAUUGUCGACGAGAUCAAGAACGGAGGAACCCCAGUGGCCAACAAGGCGCCUCAUCAAAGUCGUCAAAGCUCGACUGUUGUUUAUCUUAACAGUGUAAGCCAAAGGUCCAACGACAAUAAAACCGACAGAAGCGGAUCUAUUGUUACUACACCCAUUCAUGGCGAUCUUAAUCACGAAACUCCUAUCGCACAUGGAAACGAUGGUCUUCCAGUGCCCUCGGAAACGGGAACAUCUAAAAGUCUUAAAGCACACACCCCCCAGUCCACAAGCGGUGUAAAGGGACCUGCGCCCCCAGUAAUCAGAAAGCGGACGUUUGAGCAGAUGAUCGGUGCAGAGAACUCAACUUACAACAAGUACAAGAUACUCAUAAUGAGCAUCAAGCCCGGAAAGAUUACACAGCUACGAAGCGAAGCAAUCCAGAAACUUGAACAAGCAGAGUCCGAGAAAGCGGCGGCGGACUACGCACUAGGAGGCCUAGAAGCGCGAGAAGAACAGCUUCGGCAAAUCCGCUCUCAUAGCAGGGAAUUGAUCGACACUAUGAACAGGGGACUGAGAGAAUCGGCUAAUCAUGAUGUUCUGGCUGGGAUUGUGGCGAAUACAGGAGAGAUAUACUUGAACGGGGUCAACAAACUACUUGAUUCUUUCCUCCAGGCGUCUUCUGACUCUCAAAAUGGACUCAAGGCUGAACAGCUUCGAGUACGACAAGCUGAAGCGAUCAAGAAGGUUGGCGAAGCAAAGAAGCGCAUACAGGCGCUGGACGACAUAGAUCGGGCACGAGCGAUUCACGAGAAUUACAUUGAGAUGAACGAAUUUCGACAAAGCAUGCGUGCUGUCUGGAUGAAGACAGGGGAGUGCGCCAGGGAUUUGGAGAAAGCGUGCAUCGCUGCGUUCAGUCAUGCGGAGGAACAAGACUAG